CUCCUCUCCCGGCGUUUAGUCUUCUCUCCGGCGCAGCAGCCUUGCGUACACCCGAGUCCUCCGUGCUCCUCGCUUGUCCCCAACGAGGUGCAUCCAGGGAGCCCAUGGAGCCCACUCGCAGUGCGCCUCCGGGGGACGGCGCUGCUGAGGCACUGCUGAAAGAGCUGGAGCGUCAGGUGCAGGAUGUGGUGCGGGCGAGCUCGUGGUGGGAGCGCCACGGUGUGGACUGCGCCAUCCUCGCUCUCAGCCUGCUCGCCCUGCCGGCUGGGUUCCUGUGCCUACGCUUCCAUAAUGUUCUGGCCUUUGCCACUGGCAUUACAAUCUUGGGUGUGAGCCACUAUACACUCACGGUCAAAGGCAGCCACCUGGCUACUCACAGUGCCCUCACAGAGUCCAAACGCUGGAGCAAGAUCUUGAUGAUUUUCUUUGUGGAGGUAUGCACAGCCUUUCCUGCAGAGUUUGCUAAGUUCAACCACGUGAAUAUGCACCACGGUUACACCAACGUGUUGGGUCUGGGAGACUCCAGCACAUGGAAGAUGCCUCUCCUCAACCGCUACGUCUACAUGUUCCUUGGACCGCUUUUGGUCCCCCUCCUAACGCCACUGGUAGCUCUUGAGCAUUUGAGGAAGGAAGAGCCGAAGACGGCACUGCGGGCUUUGGGCUUCAUUUGCCUGGGCCUUUACUCUCAUUACUGGCUGUUCAUGAACGUGUCGGGCUUCAAGAGUCCUGCUUCAGCGCUGGCCUGCAUGCUGCUCGCCAGGUCCCUGCUGGCCCACCCCUACCUCCACGUCAAUAUCUUCCAGCACAUCGGAUUGCCUAUGUUCUCCCCGGACAAGAAGCCCAGGCGGAUUCACAUGAUGACGCUGGGGGUUCUGAACCUGCCCCGGCAGCCAGUGCUGGACUGGGCGUUCGGCCACUCCCUCAUCAGCUGCCAUGUGGAGCACCACCUCUUCCCUUGGCUCUCCGACCACAUGUGCUUGAAGGUGAAGCCCGUGGUAUCCAAGUUUCUCCACGACAAGAGGCUACCCUAUAAUGAAGACUCGUACUUGGCUCGAUUUCAGCUGUUUCUCAGUCGCUAUGAGGAGUUCAUGGUGCAUGUCCCGCCCAUCACUGAGCUGGUGGGGCUGCAGUGAAGGCUGGGCCCACUCCCUAGCCCAGUCCUGGCCCUCCUGUACUGCUGGCCCUUGGUGGGGACUGGUGGGCCUGGAGACGUCUGGGAUCUGAAUUGGGGAAGAGUGUUGGGAGAAGAACUGAAAGCAAUCCAGAGGCUGUGUGUCCUGAUCUUCCUAGGCCUCAGAUGACUCCAUCUAGAAUCCUUCUUUCUGCUGCAUCUGAUCCAGAGGGUAGGGCCGAGGGGGCUGGUGACAGGUGAGGUGGGAUCCUGUGUCCAGGAGCGGGAGGUACAGAGAUAGAGCCAGCCUCCUCGGCUCAGACCUCCUUGGUGCUCAGGCUGUUGCUUCUUCCUGUACCCUCUGAGGUUUAAGUCCCCCAGGCUCCUCUCCCUAGGGUCAGCAGGGUGAGGCCAUGUUUUUAGCAGACACUCUCCCCCGCCCCCCACUCUUCAACUGAAGGAGCCUGUGCCACACUGGUCUCAGCAGCUCCAGGACACACAGAGUCCGUGAGAUAAAAGGGAAUGUAUUUCCAGGGAAGUGCUCCAGAGGGGAGCAAACCCGGGGACAAAAUCGGAGAAGGAACUGCUGGCUUUGAGCGUGACCUCGGCUAGCUCUAAACAGCUCUGUUUUGUUCCAUGUUCAGAAGACUCCAGCCUGGGUGACAGAAUUACUGGGAGGCGGUUGAGACUGGAGGAGGUGACCUGGGACUGGGCUGGGAGGAUGGGGAGGGAUGAAAAGUGGGGUGAGGGUGGGGUAGUGAGAUAGGAGAGUUGAAGACAAGGGCUUGGCUGUGGGAGAGAAGAUUGCAAGCUGGGUAGGAAUAUAAGGGGGCCUCUGAUGCCAAACCUAGAAGGAAGCCAAGCUGGGGAACAACACUGAGAUCCAGCCAAACGGGCAACAGAGAGAAGCUGGGCACCACUUCAGUGAGACAGCAAAGCAGAGAGGGAUCAGUGGAAGGAUGAGGUUAGACCUGCACGCUCCAGGAGACCGGGGCCAUUGUUAGGUCAUAACCUGGCUUCUCACCUCCCCACUCUGGCAUUUUCUUUGGCUGAUUCUUGGCAGACUGUGCUGAGCACUGGCUUUUACUGACUAGGUGUUGAGAGCCCAAAUCACGACACUCAAAAAUGUCUCCUGAUAUAGCCAACUGUCUCCCAAGUGACAAAACUCUCCUUGAUUGAGACCACGGAGGUCGUUCUAGUUAACUCACUGGAUGGGAGGGUGUGCUGCUCUGGUGAUGGGAGGGUCAACUGGGAUGGGCAGACCAGCCUGUUGGAACCCAUCUCUGGGUGGGGACUGACGUGCCCUAGACAGAUGCAGCUGCCACUGGACUGACAAUCCUUCCCCUGUCUUCUCCCCACCCUCCUCUAGCUGAGAGCACAACUUCUUCCGGGGCCCUUUCCUCCAGCUAUGGCUCUUGGCCGGCCUCUCCUUUGGGCUCCCUCUGGGCAGGGCCUGGCCUGGCAGAGGCUUCUAGCUGCUGCUGGCCACUCCAUGCUUCCCUGGCUCCUUAUCUCUGCUCAGGACUCUUUCCUGUUGAGCGUGUACCAUCUGUUCACUGCUGGGACGUUGGCUCACAGCAGUUCUGGAUCCAGGCCACCCCCUCCGGCUUUGCUACCGGCUACUGCUGCCCAUUUGAAAUGCAUUAGCGAGUUCAGAGGGGGCCUUAAGGUCUGAGCGCGUGAUUGUCACUGGCAAAUUCUCCCUCUGAAAAAUGCAAGGAUAGAAAAGGGUCCUGGCAGCAUACCGUAAGCUAAUGAUUAAAACUAUCCAAAUA